GGUAAACAAAUCUAUCCGCAAACCUUUCUUUCUUUAUUCAUAUUUCUCUUUUUUUCUCUACCUCUUUCCUUUAUUCUUCUCUUUUUCUUUUUCUCUCUCUCUCUCACUUUUUCAUAUUUUCUCUCCCCUACUCUGCCUCUCGUGAGUCUCGACUGCCAAGAACUUCUUCCAUGGAUAUGCUGCAAGGGACAAUUGAAGACCUCCUUCAAUCUACUGCAAGGAAAUCCUACAUCUACCGAAAUUUUUUUGCAAGGUUCGAUCAAGGUUUUUCGGAAUCUAGAUCUACAACAAUACCAACAGCUCUAGGGCUAUACUCUCUUCCAGUUCACAGACAUCUUUUUGUUGGACCCAUAAUUGGAGAGGGAGCUCAUGCCAAAGUAUAUGAAGGAAAGUAUGAAAACCAGAAUGUUGCUAUCAAAAUUGUCCAUAGAGGGGACAAUCUGGAGGAGAUUGCUAAGAGAGAAGCACGGUUUGCAAGAGAAGUUGAAAUGUUGUCCAAAAUUUCAUCAGUUUUGCGCUUGAUAUUGCUCGGGCAAUGGAGUGCUUGCAAUCACAUGGAAUCAUUCACCGUGAUCUGGAACCUGGAGGAAGAUUCUGAAGAAUAUGGAAGUCCACUGGUUUUGGCAUCAGCAACUGCAGAUCUUAUUAGAACCCGAACUGAGGCACUUCUAAAGAAGACUAAAACAUCAGUCUUUUCAAAGCCAAUUGUGAUGAGAGCAGAAUAUGCUCAUCGUCCUAAUCUCUCCAUUAUUGGCACUCCUAGCUUUGUUCUUAUUCAAAUGGCUAUGCCUAUUGUCACGCAAAGCGGUGGCCAGUGCCAUGUUUUGUUGAUGAUAGCUGAUGGGCAGGGAUGGACUCUCUAUGAGAUACUAAGAUAUGCACCCCUACACAACUUGACUGCUUAUGAGGAAGCUCUGGAAACAAACCCUGUUUUGGCUAAAGUGGUAAAAAUGAGGUUGUCUACUCCCUAGGAGGAUUGGAUUGUGCAAGAAAACCUCAUUUUGAGCUUGACAAAGCCCAAAAAUUAAGAUCAAACCUUGUAGGGUUCUCUCUACAUGGCUCCUUUCUCGCUAUUAUUACCAGUUAUGUGAGGUGACUACCAUGAUUUACAGUAGAGUAUUUAUCUCAACUUAAUUUUUGAUUCUUUUGACAAGAUUGAAGAUUCCCCGGUUGCCCAGGCUCUUUUUUCUUCCCAAGACUGGCGGGUGGUCCUUGUAAAGUUGUUGAGUCUGAGCAUAAUAACCAUCCACACCAAGGCCUUAUCAAAUGUUAUUGGCUCACAGGAGUUUGAGAUAACCAGCCGCAUAUGUGUGUAUAUAUUUUUUCUUUUCUUCCUUUAUUGCUCUCUCUCUCUCUCUCUCUCUCCCCACACCCUAAGAUAGUGCUUGUCAUAUUGCAAUACGUAAAUGUAAAUGCAACUAAACUAACUAGCCCCAUCCCAGUUACUUGUAGUUGGGCCCAACAGUUCUGUUGCUCCUUAAACCAUGUUUAAGUUCAACUGUUCAAACACUCAUGCUCAUGCAUUUUCUCACUACAACCCGAUAUUUUCGAGAUUUUCAGUAUAUUAUCUUCUUGGAUUCUCAAUGCAUGUUUGUUUUGUUUUCCUUUUGUUUUGUGAAAAUGAAUCAAUACAAUCUGGGUAUUUGUUGCUAAAGAAAGCUUAGGGAAGGCUUAUUUGUUCUUAGAAUCGAAACCUCUACAAGGAUCUGAUCUUGAAAUCCCUUAUGACAUUCUAUGAUCUUGGGUGCUCCAAGACGAUUAUGUUCUUACAGUUUUCUUAUAUCAGAUUAGACUUUGAUUCUCAUAUAUUCAAUGGCAAUCGUGUUUUGUGCUUUAUCUUUAAGAUUUUGUUUGCAGGUGGUUUUUAUUGAGUUUACAUGGUUUUGGUGUAAUAACAAAUGUAUAAGAACUAUUAUGCCUAUUUUGGAGACGAUGAGGAACAAUGAAAAGCUAACAAUACAAUGUGGUGUGAAAUUUUUUCUUUGGUUUA